GAAUUAUUUCUCACCACCGGAUUGGGCUUGGGCCGUCCGCAUAUAUUAUCUUCCAAAAGUGAACGGAACUGGCCGUCUCCGGAUUCAACAAAUUCGGCUUCUACACAAGGAAGAGACGAAAGGCUACACUGGGCCGCACCCAUGGUAAGCCCGCUACAAAGGAGACUCCGCUGCUCGUUCUCGGCGACUCCCCUUCACCUCCGCCGCUGGCAGCCGUCUCCCGACCGCGGCGGCGCCUCCUCCCACUCCUCCUCGUCGAUCUCGACUCGACGAGCAAGCCACUGUGGAAUCUGAGGUUCAACAAGUAGAGAUAGCUGAGCAGGAGCUCAUUGAAGGCAAGUUGUGCCCUUGAUCACUUACUUUUCCCAGCCAUGUUCUUAUUAAUUUUAAUGAUCUGCAUAGGUUAAUUUUGAUGGGAUCCUUUAGGUUACCCCAGUUUUGGUUAUCUUUAUACCUUGUUCACCACUGAAAUAUUUUUGGGUAGUACUUGCUAUUGCUUUAUGUGGAUUGGGUAUGGAGAUACACUAUUCAUGAUUAUUCUGUUAUUAUCUUGUUAUUAAUACUGUUCAUGUUAAGAUCAUUAAAUUAAUGGGAACAUGGAGCGACCACCCGGGAAAACAGUGCUACCACAAGGGUUUAAUGAGACGCCCUUGGCUGAUUAACUAGGAAAGCUAGUGGAGGUCUACCUUACCCGAAAGGGGCAAGGGCAGUAGGGGAGUGGUCAGUGUAGGGAGGUCCUUGGUUGAUUUUGCUGCGAUGGCAGUCAGGCAAGAACCCUGCAUUGGAGCUUCCUAUAAACUGUAGCGGGUUUUCUGAAGCUAGUGGAACUUUGUAAAGGCCUCGUAGUGUUACCCUGCCUCGCCUCCUCGGUAGAGGUGUAUGGGAUUGGCCGUCUCUUGGCAGAUGGGUAACAUGACUUGUGGGUAAAGAUGCGCAACCUCUGCAGAGUGUAAAACUAGUAUACUAGCCGUGCUCACGGUCAUGAGCGGCUCGGACCCUCACAUGAUUAAUUAUGGAACUUAAAUUUAAUUUGACAUUUGCAUCGCAUUUGGGAUUAUUUUACUAUUACUUUUCUUUAUUAUUAUUAAGGUUUGGUAUUUACUUACACUUAGUAAUUGCUAAUAAAAUUUUGACCAACUUAUAAAAGCAAUGCUCAGCUUCAGCCUUUAUUUCAUUGAUCAGCCUUACACUUCAUGAACUCCCACCUUUGGUGAGUUCAUGCCACAUUAUUCCCCACGACUUGUUGAGCUAUGAACGUAUGUGAGCUCACUCUUGUUGUCACACCCCCCCACAGGAGAAGAACAGGUGGUCGAAGAGGAGCCGCCUAACACUGAGGCAUUCGACUUGAUCUAGGUGGCGUUUCUCAGUCGACAUUGGCGCCGACGAUCCUUAGUUCGUUUUACAUUUAUUCUUUUACUUUGUAAUAAGUCUUCCGCUAUGUAAUAAAUACUCUGAUGUUUUAUGACAUUUAUCUCUAUACACUCUGUUAUUAUAUAUGUUGUCUUCUUUGGCGCAUGUAUGAGAUGCACCCGGCUUUGUUCCUUAAAACCGGGUGUUACAGAAGUGGUAUCAGAGGAAAUGUUGACUGUAGGACGAAACCUAGAUAUAAUGGACAAACCCUUACCUACUUAUCUCAUUCUGAUUCAUUCUACACUUACCUUACUCUGAUUCUUUCUACACUUAUCUUGAUCCUGUCUCACCUUCUAUUGUUCUACUCUGAUCAUUCUUACCUUUUCUACUCUUAGUCAAGAUGGAUUUCACACCUUGGAAUCCCUACCCCUAUGACAUUUUUAAGAGAUAGGAAGCCUAAGACAAAAAUUAAAACUAUUUUCUCUAUUAAAAAUGUUGGUUGAUUGUUCUGAUGAUCAAUGCCUGAUUUGCUUCUUUGAUUGAUUGAAAUAUUACAUGUACAUCUUAGCAUGUGCCAGCAUAAGGUAAUAAAUUAGCUAUGGUAGGUAAAACAUUAAACCGCUUAGCUAAUAAAUCCCCCAAAGUAACAUGAUUUGUAAUUACUGCCUUGUCUACUGCUCUUUCUUACCAUAUGUAUCUAACUCAGAUGGUCAAUACCAGGAGGGGUGGUGGAAUUGAUUUGCCUCCUAACCGACACACUCGAAGGAUAUAUAGACAACCUCAGCCACAGCCUUCAGAGAUGAAUCCUCCACCAGGCGGAGUUGACCCACUAGUUGCUGCUCAGAUGGCGGUGAUGCAGCAAAUGACGGACACUAUGGCUGAUAUGCGUGCCCAGAUGCAGCAAGAACGCCAGGAGAUGCGUCAGGAAAGAGAAGAUAUACGACAGGAGUUGCGCCAAGAGCGAGAGGAGAUACGCCAGGAAAGGAGGGCACAACAACAGCAGCUGCAACAACAAAUGCAACAGCAACAACAGCAGCAGCAGCAACAACAAGUACCACUGCCUCCACCACCACCACCAGUUCCACCCCGAGACAAGCAUAGAGAGUUCAUGAGUCAUAAGCCACCUACAUUUGCAAGCUCACCUGAUCCACUGGACGCGGAUGAUUGGCUGAAGUCUAUUGAGAAGAUGCUGAAUAUUGCACAGUGCACGGACCGGGAGAAAGUUCUUUAUGCCUCAGGUCGUCUGACAGGUCCUGCUGCUGACUGGUGGGAUUCUUAUACUGCUGCCCACGAUGCUGCUGAUACUAUUACUUGGGCGGAGUUCAGUACACAGUUCAGGAACUACCAUAUUCCAGCUGGUAUGAUAAAGAUCAAGAAGAAGGAGUUUCUGUCAUUGAAGCAAGGCAACAUGUCGGUCAGCGAGUACAGAGACAAAUUUAUUCAGCUGUCGAGGUAUGCUCCGGAGGAAGUUGCUGAGGAUGAAAGAAAGCAGGAGCACUUUAUUGAAGGACUUAAUGGACCCUUGCAGUAUGCACUGGUUGCACACACCUUUCCAUCAUUUCAGAGACUACUGGAUAAGGCUCUUGCUAUUGAACACAAGCGUGUUCAACUGAGUGAUUUGAAGAGGAAGGCUAUCUCACAGGGACAGGGUAGCAGCAGUGUUCGUCCCCGCUACGUACCGCCACAGGGUACACCGACUCGACCAGGAGGACCACGCCCAGUUCAGUAUGCUCCACAGGGCUCUCCACGGACACCUACUCGUCAGGCCACUCCGACUGGCACCCCGACGAGGUCUACAGGACAGAAGACUAGCCCUACAUGUUUCAAGUGCAGUCAAAUUGGGCAUUAUGCUAAUGCUUGCCCGAUGGGGAAUUCUGGUACACCAGCUAAGAACAAGCAAUAGACCCCUGGCAAGGGAUAUUCUAUAGCCAGGGUGAAUCAAGUCAGCGUUGAUGAUACUCCUGAUGGUGGUGACAUCGUACUUGGUAUGUUUUAUGUUAAUGCAAUUCCUGCAACCAUAUUAUUUGAUUCUGGUGCUACACAUUCAUUCAUGUCUGCUAGAUAUGCCAACACAAAUGAAAUACCACUACUAAAUAUGAGAAAACUCCUGAUAGUAAUUACACCUAAAGGGCCUGUUGAGGCGAAUCAAAUGACACGUAGAUUGACAUUGACCAUUAUGGGUAGAGAAUUUGGAGCUACUGCCAUAAUAUUAGAGUCAAGCAGUAUAGAUCUGAUCCUUGGUAUGUCAUGGCUAAGAAAGGCAAAUGCCGUUAUAGCAUGUGGUAGAGGUAUCGUAGAGCUCACUACCACUAAAGGAGAAAGAUUUCAAGUUAAUAUUGCAGUAACCUCCUCAUCCAUGCGUGCAAUGUUCUUUAUGCCUGAGGAGUUUGUUGGUGACAACAUCCGGGUGGUUAGAGAUUUUCCGGAUGUCUUUCCAGAGGAGUUACCAGGGAUGCCACCUGAUAGAGAAGUUGAGUUUGUUAUUGAUCUCUUACCUGGAACCGCCCCUAUUUCUAAGCGACCAUACAGGAUGGCUGUAGAAGAACUGAAGGAGCUUAAGAAGCAGUUAACUGAGUUACAAGAAGCGGGGUACAUUCGUCCGAGUUCCUCACCUUGGGGAGCACCGGUGUUAUUUGUGCAGAAGAAGGAUGGAUCGCAACGGAUGUGUGUGGACUAUAGAUCACUUAAUGAUGUCACGGUGAAGAACAAGUAUCCAUUACCCCGUAUUGAGGAUUUGUUUGACCAGAUGAGAGGAGCCAGGGUAUUCUCGAAGAUUGAUCUCCGAUCGGGAUACCAUCAGAUGAAGAUUAGACCCUCGGAUAUUCCUAAGACGACUUUCUCAACCCGAUAUGGAUUAUAUGAGUUUACUGUUAUGUCAUUUGGAUUAACCAAUGCACCAGCUUAUUUCAUGAAUUUGAUGAACAAAGUGUUUAUGGAGUAUUUGGACAGAUUCGUCGUGGUGUUUAUCGACGAUAUUCUGAUCUAUUCUAGGAAUGAAAGUGAUCAUGUACAACAUCUAAGGUUGGUGCUACAAAAGCUGCGAGAUAAUCAACUCUAUGCUAAGUUCAGCAAGUGCGAGUUUUGGAUUGACAAGGUGUCAUUCCUUGGACAUAUUAUUUCUAAUGGAGGAAUAGCAGUGGAUCCUGCUAAGGUCAAGGAGAUUAUGGAGUGGAUAGUGCCCACUACAGUUACUGAGAUUCGGAGUUUCUUGGGACUUGCAGGAUAUUAUCGGAGAUUUAUUGAAGGGUUCUCUAAGAUUGCCAAGCCUAUGACAUCGCUUUUGGAGAAAGGAAGAGAAUUCAAGUGGGAUGAGAAAUGCCAAGAAAGCUUUGAUCAAUUGAAGGAGAGGUUGAUGUCGCCACCAGUAUUGAUUAUGCCAGAUCUACAGAAGGGAUUUGACAUUUACUGUGAUGCAUGUGGCCAAGGACUUGGAUGUGUGCUCAUGCAAGAAGGACAUGUGAUCGCCUAUGCAUCUCGUCAGUUGAGGAAGCAUGAAUUGAACUACCCCACUCAUGACUUGGAGCUGGCUGCCGUUGUGCAUGCACUGAAGAUUUGGAGACACUAUGUUAUGGGAACUAAGUGCCAAGUAUAUACGGAUCAUAAGAGCUUGAAGUACAUAUUCACUCAGAAGGAUCUCAACCUUAGGCAACGCCGUUGGUUGGAGCUUAUUAAGGAUUAUGAUUUGGAGAUUCAUUACCACCCAGGCAAGGCAAAUUUGGUUGCAGAUGCCUUGAGUCGGAAGGAGCAUGUUCACUCCGCUUUCGUUGUCCAGCUACCUGAUGAGUUAGCAAAAGAUUUUGAGAGGCUCAACCUGGGAAUUGUUACACAUACGGAAGGAGUGACUAUUGAAUUGGAACCUACCUUGGAGCAAGAAAUUCGUAAAGGUCAGGUUGGUGAUGCUAAGAUCUAGGAGAUCAAGGAUCUGAUAACAGAGGGUAGAGGCCCGGAAUUCACAGAGGAUGAGCAAGGCACGAUAUGGUUCAAGAAUCGGAUCUGUGUUCCCGAUAUUGAUAGUCUUCGAGAAACCAUAUUGAAGGAUGCACAUGAUUCAGUUUAUUCUAUCCAUCCUGGGAGUACUAAGAUAUAUCAGGAUUUGAAGCAAAAAUAUUGGUGGUAUGGAUUGAAGAGAGAUGUGGCUGCACAUGUGGCUAUGUGCGAUGUGUGCCAAAGAGUUAAGGCUGAACACCAAAGGCCAGCCGGACUACUGCAUCCACUGAAGAUACCUGAGUGGAAAUGGGAAGAGAUUGACAUGGAUUUCAUUGUUGGAUUACCCCGCACGUCUGCUGGAUAUGAUUCUAUAUGGGUGAUUGUGGACAGGCUAACUAAAGUAGCCCACUUUAUUCCAGUGAAGACCACAUAUUCAGGAGCCAAGUUAGCAGAGUUGUACAUGGCACGGAUUGUUUGCCUACAUGGUGUGCCAAAGAAGAUUGUGUCAGACCGGGGAUCACAGUUUACUUCUCGGUAUUGGAAGAAGUUGCACGAGUCCUUGGAUACAAGAUUGAAUUUUAGUUCGGCUUACCAUCCACAGACUGAUGGGCAGACUGAGAGGACCAACCAAGUGCUUGAGGAUAUGUUAAGAGCUUGUGCUCUUAAACAUGGUGGAAGUUGGGAUAAGAGUUUGUCGUAUGCAGAGUUCUCUUACAAUAAUAGCUAUCAGGCCAGUUUGAAGAUGUCACCGUUUGAGGCUUUAUAUGGCAGAAAGUGCAGGACUCCAUUGUAUUGGGAUCAAACUGGUGAAAGGCAGUUGUUUGGGCCUGAGAUUAUACAGGAAGCAGAAGAACAAGUUCAACAAAUAAGGGAGAAUUUGAGAACUGCACAGUCCAGGCAGAAAAGCUAUGCUGACACCCGGAGGAGACUGCUUGAGUUUAAGGAGGGAGAUUAUGUCUAUUUGAAGGUGUCACCACUCCGGGGUAUGAGAAGAUUCAAAGUCAAAGGAAAGUUGUCCCCUCGCUUUAUUGGACCCUUCUUAAUCUUAAAGCGAGUGGGUGAGGUUGCAUAUCAAUUGGAGUUACCGGAUCACCUUGCGGAUGUUCAUGAUGUCUUUCAUGUGUCUCAGCUGAAGAAAUGUCUUAGGGUACCUGAGGAACAAUUACCUAUGGAAGACCUUAGUGUUCAGGAAGAUUUGACUUAUGCUGAGUAUCCCAUCAAGAUUCUGGAUACACUGACUCGUGUUACAAGGAAUAAGGUUAUAAAGAUGUGCAAAGUUCAAUGGAGCCACCACGGUGAAGACGAAGCAACUUGGGAAAGAGAAGAAGAGCUUCGUAUAGAUUUUCCCCACCUUUUCCCUAGAUCUUCUUAAAUCUCGAGGACGAGAUUAUUUUUAAGGGGGGUAGGAUUUGUAACACCUAAAUUGUAAAAGAUCAUAUAAAAGGAGAGUAGUGCCUCCCUUUAUUCAUUUAUGUGAAUUUCACCUAUUUGUCAUCCUGUGAACACCAUAUUUAAACACAAAAUAAUUAACAAAAAUAUAUGCCACUAAAAUAUGCAUCAUGCUGGGAUUUUCUUUUGUGUGCACGUUGUGACAAAAUAAAAUAAUGAAUGUGGCUAGAAAAAUAAUAAAGUCCCAAAGGGGAAAUUUAGAAGAUAAAGAAAUUAUAGAAGUUAGAAAAGAGGAGAUGUAUAAAGACUUAAGAUAAAAACAAUGUAUAUAUAAAUAUAUCUCCAAAUUGAUACUGUUCAUAGCAUAAUAUAAAAUUGGGGAUAAAUUUUCACAGGAAUGGAAAUUUAAAUUUGAAGGGAGUUUGAAGU